AUGGAGAGUCACUUGGUGAAACGCAGAAUUGAUAUAAUUGCAUCCCACUUUGCUCCCAGUGAUGAGAUUUCACCAACCCAUCUUCUGCCUAUGAAUUGCAGUGGUAGUCUGAAUUCUGUGCUUAGGAGAUGUGACAAUAAGGUAUAUUUCGCGCGCCAAGCAACUUCUUCCUUCGGUUAUUUUAUGAAGCAAACAUCAGCUGAAGAGGGUGACUCAACUUCAUUUGUUGCUUCAAAAACCAACGCUGCUGAAUGUGAAGGUCCUUCUAAUUAUGCAAGAGCACCAUGUUUUGCAAGACUUGCAAGGAAAGAAUCAACCCUUUCAAAUUCAGUUGUCCAACCAAUGACUAAGAUGCAGGGCUAUGAUUUUGAUGCACUUGAGCCACCUACAUUUGCUAGGCCAAGCAGAAAGAUUAGACAAGGGGAAUGGUUACAUAAUGAGAAAAGAAUACACCAUUCAGAAAUUGGAAUUGAGUGGUCCCCUAGAAUGGAUGUUGCAGAAUCUGAAGGUAAAUAUGUUAUCAUGGUGGAAGUUCCAGGUGUCAAUGUUAGUGACAUAAGAGUGGAGGUUGAUGAUCAAAAGUUGUCUAUCAAAGGAAGACGCUCUACUAGUUCUUGGAAAGUAGCAGGUUGUCCAAAUGCUUCAUUUUCAUCAUAUCACAAAAGGGAGAUAUUAUAUGGACCUUAUGAGGUUGUCUGGCCACUUCCUGCUGGUGUCAACAAGGACAGUGUAUCAGCUGAAUUUUUGGAUGGAUUUCUACAAAUUAUAAUUCCUAAAGUUUGAAAUUCAGUAAUAUUUUGAUCAUAUAUACUAUGAAUUUGCCCAUCAUAGAUGUAGCAGAAGUGGAUAAUGCUCUGCAUAUAAAUUUGUUGUUUCUUCUGAAUUAGCUAUGUGACCAGUCAUGUAUAUAUAUAUAAUGUAAUGAACAAAUGAUGGGUUACCUUUUAGUUCUUAUAGAAUAAUAUAGUGAACAAAAAUGUCCACAUGCAUUGUGUAGUUCACUUCCCAUUCCACUUUUGAAUGAUAAAUAGUUAUUAAA